AGUGUUUGAUUGAAUGUGAUGGAAAUGGCAAGAGGACGCCGAAAGAAGACCCAAAUGAGUAACAACUUCAUUUGGACUGGAGGUGUCGUCCUGGAAAUAGGAAAGGUUUAGGAUAAAUGAUGAUUUAAUCCUUUUUCAUGAGAUUCUUAGCAGACAUAUCAACAGAUAACGAAGUAAAUAUCAAUAAAAAGAGCAGAAGUCUGAUCCAAACAUUUAACACUGGGAAAAGUUAAAUCAGGAGAGACGUUAUUUUCACGAUGUCAGAACAAAAAAGCCUUAAUCUUGAGGAUUCUGAUAAGGAAAAGGAAUCAUUAGGUCUUUUUGUCUGUGGUGUAUGCUCAACAUCUUUUCCAAAUAAAAGGAAAUUGACUUUUCACUUGAAAAAGAAACACAACCAGUCCUCUAAGAUUCCGGACUGUGAGUUGAUUUGUUAUGUAUGUUGCAAAAAAUUUUCCCAGCCAUAUAACCUGCAGCGUCACCUCAGCAGGGUGCACAUGAAAGACAAACCAUUCUCAUGUGAUCGCUGUGGAAAAACUUUUUCUGACAAACGUACUAUGUUACAUCAUAGGGAGUAUCAGCAUUCUGAAUAUCGUUGUGCACUUUGUGGACUUUCAUUUGAUGAAAACGAGAAGCUUGAAACUCAUCAGUGCAGUGCAAUCUUCAUUGAAGGUUCAGAAAAGCCGUAUGGGUGCAAGAUAUGUAAGAAAUGGUUUGGAAAUGGAAGUACACUACACUUGCAUGUCAAAACGCAUUCUUUUUUAGAGGAAGAUUGUAAAUUAGUUGCCCAUUAUACAUGUGGUGUUUGCACAAAGGUAUUUAAGACCAGAAAGGAAUUUAAUGAUCACAUGAAAAUCCACAAAAAAGAUCAACUUGCAGAAAGGAAAACAACUCCUGAUAUUGUAUAUCAUGAACCAGAAAAAAUAGUCAUCAAAAAGAUUGACUCAAAAAAUGGCAAGGUUCUUGUGGAAUGUGAUGUAUGUGGAAAGAACUUAAGUAUAAACUCAAUUCAGAAACAUAGGAAAAUUCACAAUGGUGAGCUCAUUAUGUUAAACUGCUCUGUUUGUGAAAAAGUUUUUUCAUCUUCGCAUAAUCUGCAAAGACACAUGAAUACUGUUCAUAUGAAUAAGAGGUCUUUCUGCUGUGAAUAUUGUGGGAAGCAAUUUGCAGAAAAGGCUACGAUGCUUUAUCACAAAUAUACUCGACAUGCCAAAAAUGCUUGUAAAAAGUGUGGAAUUUCCUUUGAAAGUAAGUCAAGGCUUCAUAAACACGAAUGCUAUGCUGUUCUGUAUGAUAAUGGAUCAAAGAAACCUCUGUAUGGAUGCAAAAGAUGUAAGAAGUACUUCGUUCACAGGUGUAAACUCCAUCGCCACAUGAAGAAUCACAUUGACUCUGGCCCUAAACUACUUUCUGCCAGAAGUAAGCGUUUAAUGGAAAAGUUUAAAAAUGAAGAAACAGAUGGAAAUAAUGAAAUGGAGGAUAAGAAAGACAGUUCUGAUGAAAGAGGGAGAAGUAAUGUGUCUUCAGACAAUAAUGACAGUGAUAAAUAUAUAUGCUAUUCCACAAAAGAACCAAAUGAUGACAUGAAAAUCCAACAGAAGAAUUUAAAUAAAGAUAGUGAAAUGCAUCCUGACUUGUCCCUAUUUCAUGAACCCAACAACAUUGCUGUAAAAAAGAUUGACCCAGAGAAUGGUUUGGUACUUGUGGAAUGUGACAUUUGUGGAAAGACACUAAGCAUUAAUUCUAUACAGAAUCACAAGAAACUUCACAGUGGUAGGCAGAGUAAUUUUAAGUGCUCUUUUUGUGAAAAGGUCUUGUCGAAUUCACAUAAUCUGAAACGACACAUAAAUGCUGUUCAUAUGAAUGAGAGGUCUUUCUGUUGUGAAUAUUGUGGAAGGCUAUUUAAAGAAAAGAGUUCUAUGACAUAUCAUGUGAAUUUUCAGCAUUCAGAUAUUUUCUGUAAAAGUUGUGGACUUUCUUUUGAAAAUGAAUUCAAUCUUCAGGAACAUGAAUGUCUUGCGGUACUAUAUGAUACUGGUAAAAAGAAAAAUAAUUUUGGAUGCAAGAAAUGUGAAAAAUGUUUCAGUCAAAGAUAUAAACUUCAUCGUCACAUCUGGAAACAUGUUCGUCCCAAAAAAAUCUCCGCCAAAAGUAAGCGUUUGAUAGAAAAGUUCCAAAAUGAAGAAAUGGAGGAUGAUGUUAGCAGUUCAGAUGGGAGGGGGAUUUCCUCAGACAAUGAAAUUAGCGACUCUGAGAUGGGUAAUGUAGAGAGUAAAGAAAGAUCACCUGAAGCAAGAGAAACACUUUCUGUUGUUAGUAAUUACACAAAUCACAAUGAAAAUUCUGACAAGAGAGCUGCAGGUGUCCUAUUUUGUGAGAUAUGCAAGGAAAUGUUUGUGUGUGAGGAUGAUUUUGAACAUCAUCAAAUGUGGCAUGAAGAAGUGAGUCUUAAUACAGAGUGACCUCUUGACCCUGGCAGUGAUUGGUCCAUGGAAACGGGACAUACUUUGUAAUAUAACAUUCCAAUACCAAGUGAUUCCAACAAUUCAGUUUAUAAAAGGAAUGAUAAGCAUUAAAACUCCAUAUACAAAAUUGUAUGUGUUAUCUAUGAUUUGGAAAUGAAGGUUAAUUUGGAUCAAUUUGGAUUUGGAUUGAUCCCUACAGGGUCCAGUUUUAAAUUUGUACUGUAAAUGUCGAAAAUCUUUCUGGAGGUAGAUUUGCACUUUUUGUUCGCCAACCCUUUGCAUGGGAAUUUCUCCCCGCUGUGUAAGCAUUUCUAUGUUUACAGUAUGUACUUUGUUGUAAAAUUUUGAUCAACAAUCUUGAGGAAAUUCAAUUUUUGCAAUUAUGUUUCCUUAAAUUAGUGGACUAACAUUCAUAUUCUAAAGCAGUCAAAUGUAAAUUGCUUGUUUGUAGUAUUUUGCUGAAGUAUUUUUAU